AAUGGACUUUACUGCUGUUAAUCGAUCUCCACUAAACACUAGCAAAACUAAAUAAAUGUAUACUUUCUCGAAGGCCAAACGUUGGGUCGAUCCCAAAGACAACAUGUUACCAUUCCUUAAUUCACAUUUAGUUGCCCUCCAAUUUAUCAGUUACCUACUACUUUGAGUAAGAGAGCAGCUGGAAUAGGCUAUGGCAAGAAGAUGAACGUAACCCAGGAAAUAGUUUCGCCAGCUCCCAACUCUUAUUCAAUUCAAACCACUAGGGAACAUGGUUGGACCAUGGGAUUGGGCAGAGAUGUAACUCUAUUGAGCCGAAUUUAAGCGCGCAAAUAAAUUCGAGAGCAUCUUCUUGGGCUUAGUCUAAAAGACACCUGGACCAGGAUCAUACAAUUAUAAGGAAACCAAGUCUAAAGUUCGUUACAGCAUGAGACAACGAUUGAAUAGCAGAGCCAGCAAAGAUCGAAAACCUGGACCGUAUUCCUAUGAACCUAUUCUAGAGGCGAUUAUGACUUACCGAGCAGCAUAAACAGUCGAGGCAAGUAUGCCGUCAGUUAAUAUCGCGAGUACUGUGUGUUUCUAUAGAAUCACUAGUUCAGGAGCCGUCGUUCUUUCCCCUCCCAAAGUCCAAUCAGAUAGAAAAAUACGGGAUAACACUCCAGGACCAGGGACAUACAAAGAAACAGACAAUCUGGAUCCCUUGGGUAGUUACUUUUGUUCCAAAUUUGGUGCAAGCAAAUGUAACGUAUUUCCAAGAGCCUAACGGAUACUAUCAGAAAACAGAGAGGGAUCGCCUGGACCUGGCUAAUAUAAGUUGCCUUCCGAUUUCGGUUGUUGA